GGGCAGUCAGUGGAAGGAAAGGCCCAUUCUGGAUUGGACUCGAUGACAUGGACAGUGAAGGGGUUUUUAAAUGGGUCGACGACGGUCUCGUCAUUACUUCGGCCAUGUACUCCGCAUUGUUCCCUGAACGUACGUACACGAAUAUGCAGUUGGAUUUGUGCUUCGCCAGUCAAUUGAAAUAUUCUUCUUCUUUGGGAGAAGUUAGGAUUUUGAAUAUCUUUGAACUAAUUACAAGCGGAGCCACCGCAUUGACUUUUGAAGACUUUUUCGGUGUAACGCCCUCCGCAUUGAAAUCGACAUUUCCAUUUUUGCCUCAUUACAGCUUUGGGCCUCUCCAGUAUCAGAGGCUCCAUCCGUUACAGGGGUUGCAGGGCCCAUGCGACGGCUCCUAGUACACCAAUACACAAUAAUAAUCAGACAGAAGUUAGUACACAAAUAUAACAUUUUCCAUCACUAACUGACAAUGUGUAUCAAGAAGGCUAAAGUCCAAAUUUUUUCUAGGCACCGUGAGUGACAUUUUAAAGCCACUUUGAGCUCUAUACACGUCUGUUAUUGCUAUAACAGAAGCCGGACACAAUAGUCUCUUUACACCCCGUUAUCUUUACAUUGCCCUUGUCUUAAUUAAGGUGUAAUUUUGGACUUUAAAUACAGUUCGUAAGUGAUAUAUAAUUUUACAUUUGAACUUUGCAUAUUAAAUUAUCCUACGAUAGUAUAAUAAUUACAUUUAAAUUACACUGCACACUUAAUUAGUUAUAGAACAAUAUGUAUGCAGUUGAUCCUGUCACAUACAAUUGUAAUGUAGUUCUUCUGAAGAAUAACUAUUCAUAGAAUUUUAUAGAAAAAAAUAAAAUUACUAAAUUUGUUGAAUUUGAACUUUUUAGACAAACCAGACAGCCAAGGCAACCAAGACUGUGUGACCUAUGGUGACGGGGGCGAAUAUUUUAAUGAUGAAAAAUGUGACGAUAAUGAGUUUCAUGUUUGUGAAAUAAGUCUUCUGACUUUUUAAAUACUAAACUUUCAUUUUAUUUUUAUUUUGGCCGCUCGACUAAACUCAGUGCUAUUUGGGCGAUGACUAAACUCAGUGCUAUUUGGGCGAUGACUAAACUCAGUGCUAUUUGGGCGAUGACUAAACUCAGUGCUAUUUGGGCAUAAGUACGUAAUAAGAAAAUUGUUGAAAAUAAAAAUAAAAGCAACACCUUCUAUAAAUAUUAGAUCUACAUGUAUGAUUUAUAAAUAACUGUUUUUAUAGUUUUGUUAUAAAAAUGUUUCAUUAAUAGGAUUAUCUGGAUACAAAAAUCAAACCUUCUCAUCUUUCGUGAUGCCAUAAGCUUUUGACUAUCAUUGUCUGAUGGCUGUCGUUGUCUAUUGGCUGUCAUAAUCUAUUUGUUCUUAUUGUCUAUUGGCUGUCACACUCUAUUGGCUCCGAUUGUCAAUUUGCUAUCUGGGUCUAUUAUUGUCACGUUAGAAACGUUCAAAGUUAACAAGCAUGAUCUUGAAAUAUUCGUGGGACUCUUUUCAAAGUUUUCAUCUGAUGACACUACAUAUUCGUAGAUUGCUUCUGUACAUCUGAUAGCACUACUUAUGCUUACGUUCCUUCUGUAUAUCUGAUGGCACUACAUAUUCGUAUGUUCCUUCUGUACAUCUGAUGGCACUACAUAUUCGUACGUUCCUUCUGUACAUCUGAUGGCACUACAUAUUCGUACGUUCCUUCUGUACAUCUGAUGACACUACAUAUUCGUACGUUCCAUCUGUACAUCUGAUGGCACUACAUAUUCGUACGUUCCUUCUGUACAUCUGAUGGCACUACAUAUUCUUACGUUCCUUCUGUACAUCUGAUGGCACUACAUAUUCGUACGUUCCUUCUGUACAUCUGAUGGCACUACAUAUUCUUACGUUCCUUCUGUACAUCUGAUGGCACUACAUAUUUGUACGUUCCUUCUGUACAUCUGAUGGCACUACAUAUUCUUACGUUCCUUCUGUACAUCUGAUGGCACUACAUAUUCUUACGUUCCUUCUGUACAUCUGAUGGCACUACAUAUUCGUACGUUCCUUCUGUACAUCUGAUGGCACUACAUAUUCGUACGUUCCUUCUGUACAUCUGAUGGCACUACAUAUUCUUACGUUCCUUCUGUACAUCUGAUGGCACUACAUAUUCGUACGUUCCUUCUGUACAUCUGAUGGCACUUCAUAUUCUUACGUUCCUUCUGUACAUCUGAUGGCACUACAUAUUCGUACGUUCCUUCUGUACAUCUGAUGGCACUACAUAUUCGUACGUUCCUUCUGUACAUCUGAUGGCACUACAUAUUCUUACGUUCCUUCUGUACAUCUGAUGGCACUACAUAUUCUUACGUUCCUUCUGUACAUCUGAUGGCACUACAUAUUCUUACGUUCCUUCUGUACAUCUGAUGGCACUACAUAUUCUUACGUUCCUUCUGUACAUCUGAUGGCACUACCUAUGCUUACGUUCCUUCUGUAUAUCUUUAAAUUACAAAAUCAAUUGUAAAUUAAUAAGCGCGAAAAUAAAAACUCUUCUUGCUAAAAAUUGUUUCUAUAGUGUUGAUAAUGAAAGUAUCUGAUUUAAAGGAACGUACAAUAUUUUAACAAUAAAUUGUGUGGCUACAAUUGCAGCCUUAGCCACAAACCUGCACAUAGGCAGCUCAGGCCAUGGGGUCGUUCAUUACUGUAAACGAGCAUUGGUGGUGUCCGACAGCCCCCUUGGGGACUAAGCAGCCCUCUUUAGGAACACACUGAUAAACGUCUUGGCAGAAGGAAGUGGCUAGAAAAGGUGCUCUAAACAUUGUCUGCUCAAACCUUCCAUAUCUAGCCUACCGCAUUUGGAGGAUACCCUUAUCAUAUGGUCGAAAUUCUAAUUCAAACUCAUUGACAUCAUCUUGUGAUCCCCCCAUUUGUGUCUGUGGUUUUGCCCUUCUAGACCCAUGCAACACCAUUAAAUCUAAAAAAAUAAAGGUUUGAUUUCUAAUCAAGUGGAGGAUCUAAACGCGAAAAAUAUCAUGUCAACUUAUCUGUUAUUGAAAUUUAAAUACAUAACCAUCUCUCAGAGUCAAUGUGUCCCCGUCGAUCUUCUAAUUGUCCCAAAAUGGGGUGUUUGUCCUUCGUUGGUAAUCACUGUUAUAACCCAAAUGUUAGGGCUAGUAAGUGCGAUUAAUAUUGUUAAGUUAUAACAUUGUUAUAAAUUACCAGGAAAUUAUAAUUAGGACACUGAAAUGGUCAUUUGAAAGCCAAAAAUAAAUGAUUCAUCAGCCUAUUUGAUCAUUGGUGCAAACCCACUAAGGAUAUCCAGCGCCUCUAAACUAUAUUUUACCAAACACCCGACACUCCAUACAACCACAUUCAGAAUGACGUUAUCAUAAGCUGAUAAAUGUAACAUGUAUAAUGUAUUUUUUCCUUAUUGUUAAAUUGUUGUUAAAGGAAUAUGGUGCAACAGAGCCGGUAUUUUACAUUUUGACAUUUCCGUCCGACUAGUUUGGAAAAAAAAAAGGGGGGGGGGGUUAGAAAUAUAAGUUUAUAAAAGGAAUGUAUAAUGUAUUUUUUCCUUAUUGUUAAAUUGUUGUUAAAGGAAUAUGGUGCAACAGAGCCGGUAUUUUACAUUUUGACAUUUCCGUCCGACUAGUUUGGAAAAAAAAAAGGGGGGGGGGGGUUAGAAAUAUAAGUUUAUGACAGGUCUUAGUGGACUUCUGGUAUAGUUUAAUAGAUGCUUCCUUAGUUAAAUAAACUUGAAAUAUAACGUCAUGAGUGGCAGAUUAAAGUCUCCACCAGACUGCACAAAUGGCGUUAUGUCAUACAAACAAAAGAAUGGGCGUCAGUGCAACCAUGAAUGUUUUACAAUCAUCGCUAAGGUUUUCUAGAUUUUCAAUUUUUUUUUAAAGCGUGUUCAUAGGCGUGUCUAUCAGGAGACACCCAGACACCCCAUUGCGUUGUAUAAUGCCAGGCUUUUGAAUAGAUUACUUGGCCCACACGCAGAGUCCCUGGUUACUGGGCCCACACGCAGAGUCCCUGGUUACAGGGCCCACACGCAGAAUCCCUGGUUACUGGGCCCACACUCAGAAUCCCUGAAUACUGGGCCCACACGCAGAGUCCAUGAAACACACAGUACCAUGGCGUGUCCAUGGAGCUGCAGUGUUGAACAUUAAACGGGAGCCUGCGAUGUAAAGAUCAUUACAUUUAAUCCAAUACUCUUUCAAUACAACUCUAUCACAUUAUAACAUAGACUUCAUCAUGAAUAAUAUUCGAACAUUGUUAUUUGUUUCUCUCAGGUUUUGUCAAAAUAUUUAUGUUAUAUAAUGAAAUGCCCCUAAACAACAAUGUAAAUGAAUACAAACGUUUGACAGGUUAUCAUAAUUAUUAAUUAAGUCUACAGUUGUCAAACAAAAUAUAAUAUUAUCUACAGUGAUUAAGCCAGUUUCUUAUUGAAGUUAUGCAGACUAGACUGUAAAGUCACAGCUAGUUAAAAAUAAAAGAUCUAUAACGUAAAUUUCAGCAGCUAAUUGAUAAUAAUAAAGACACAACGAUUUGAAACAUUUCUUUUAUCUUCGAGAUGUGUGGAAACAUUAAAAAAACCCACCAAAACCAGAAUUUGAAAUUCGAUGAAUAAAAAAACAACAGCAUCACAUUUGACAAUUUUGCUGUGUUAGAGAGUCUUAAUCUGACCCGAGUCGCUUUACCUCGCAUUCAGUCUUUAAUUUAUUUCACACCUAUCUUAAACAAAACAGCAUGGUACUUUCAAACCAGGCUCGACAUGACUUGAUUUGUCGGAAAUUAUCAGAGCGUUCAAACAGAUUCCUCAACAUUGGCAAACAAAAUUAAAUAAGAUUUAAACUACACGAUGCCGAGUUGUCGGAUUUCCUUGCAGAAAAGGACGUCUCAUGAAAUGACGUUUAAGAUGAUGGCGGGUAAGAAAAUGACGUUUUAGAAAAAUGACGUUUAAGAAAUAGACAUUUAAGAAAAUUGACUUUUAAGAAAAUGACGGUUAAGAAAAUGACAUUUGAGACCAUGACGGUUAAGACAAUAAUGUUUAAGACAAUGACGGUUAAGAAAAUGACGGUUAAGACAAUGAUGUUUAAAUUGAAAAGAGAGAAUGAUACGAUUAGUUACCCCAAAGAACACGCUGAAAGAUAUGUUUAAAAUGUACCUAGCGCACCAUUUUCUCUUGCUAGAAGUAGAAUUUAUUACAACAUGUGUAAAUCAACGCUAGUUUGUCAAGAUGCGUGUGUCAACCGAUUGGGAUUGAGGUUAGAUGGUAAGGAUAUUGUUUGCUGCAAUGUAUUGUUUUGUAUAAUUUAUAAUUUUUUUAACAUUCAAAAUAUCAAAACUGAUCCAUGAUUUAAUGCUUAAAGUAUGUUAUAAAUAACUCGGUAUCAAAGCUGGAUCAAUAAAAUAAAUUGGUCUGUUCUUCAAUUAUCUGAAUCAAGGUACCUUAAGGCCUCAGCGUGUUUGAGCACUUAAAUUAAUUAUGUAAUAUAACAGAUUAAAGAAAUGGUUGUAAUCUCUAACCCAACAGUAGGGGCUUUUGAUUAGUAUUGGUACAUUGUGGUAACUGACUAGGAUUGUUUUUUUUUUUUUAAAAAAUGUAAUAUAACUACAUUACAUUUAGACCAUUUGUGAUGUGACGUUUGCUUCUCCACCUCUUAAAAAAACAUAAAAGUUUCUACUUAAAUGAUCAUUCUUAUGCUUUAAAAGCUCAAAUAGGUUUCUUGUUUUUGUGUUAGUGUUUGAAAGUGUUACAGAUAUUAAAAUAAAUAAGCCGUUCUGGAGUAAAGCCGUUUAAUCCGUUGUCCAAAAAAUGUACAUUUCACUGUCACUUGGUUUUAUAAUUGAGAUUCUGGUGAUGUCUCUGUCAUUUCGUAAGUUGAUGAUUAAGAAAUGUAGCAGUGACAUUUAUAAAUGAAUUGUAUAUUUAUGAAUAAAAGUGAACUGAAAAAAAAUCUUUUUAGGUUAAUUUGUAUUUUUAUAUAAAAAUUAAAUUAUUAAAAAGUUGAUUAUAUUUACAGAUAAAAAAUUACUUAAAAAUGCUUUAGCGUAAAAAGUUCGUUCAUAAGAGCACACAACAUUUUUGUUUUGGUGAAAAGUUUCUGUCUUGAUCUCACAGAGGCCUUAGCUCUUAAAAGCCAAGUGGUGCGGUUUAAGAAAAAGACAAAUGGGGGACUUGGUAUGACCCAAUUGGGAGGUCAGAUUGUGACGACCAGUUUGCUUGCCUGCAUUGACCGCUGCUUGAAAGCUCACCAAGAAAAGUGUUUUUGUGUGUCCUACAACAAGGGGACGAAGAGAUGCACGCCUGGUAAUAUACAUCAUAUAUCAUAAUAUUCCCUAUUACUUUUUGUGUGAUAAUUUUUAAUUUUCUUAAUUAAAAAAAUAUCUUACGAUAUAUAUUCUUAUUUCCGAUAGCUUAGAACGUAACAUUAUGCAGAAUAAUAGUAAAAAGAAAGUUACUUCAACUUAAUGAACAUGAAAACUGUGUUACCUUUUAAAAUCAUCAUUGUUAAUAGUGGUCGAUCGUAUGAUUGCAGUUGAAAUGCUCUAGUGCAGUGGUCGGCAAACGCAUUCAAACAGCCAAAAAAUUAGCAGCAGAACUAUUAAAAAAAAAUUAAGAGGCACAUUUCUUUUCAAGAACCUGUCAAGAACCAUGUUUUUCCGCGUCAAAAAACGAUUUGUGGCCGACUGGAUGAGGUGCACUCAUGUCGUUAAAGAGCCGCAUGCGGCCUGCGAGCCGCGAUUGGCCGACCACUGUUCUAGUAGAAUCAGACAUUCUUUCGUAGAAUUAUCUUUUUUUUUUGUUUGUUUUAUUCUAUUGUUUUGUUUUGCAGCCCAAACAUGAAUGUAAUCGUGUCCCUAAACAAAUAUAUAAAGAGCAGAGGAAAUAUUGAAAAAAGACAACACAAAAAAAAAGUUUGUUUUAUUCUAUUGUUUUGUUUUGCAGCCCAAACAUGAAUGUAAUCGUGUCCCUAAACAAAUAUAUAAAGAGCAGAGGAAAUAUUGAAAAAAGACAACACAAAAAAAAAAAAAAAAAAAAAAAAAAAAAAAAACAAAAAAAAAAAAAAAAAAAAGAAAAAAAAUAAAAAAAAAACAACAAAAAAAAAAAAAAAAAAAAAAAAAAAGAAGACGUCUCGGCCAAAAAUUGUUGUCUUUCUGCAGGUUUUCCUCUAACAUUUGUAGAUUUCUGACUGCUUCAACCUGAACGCAGUCUCAUCCGUAUUUCUCUUGUCCCUAAAGAUAAAGUUUAAGUGAAUGUAGAAUCAUUUUCCUUUCUUUAAAGUAACUAAACACUUUUUAUAUCUCCCUUCUGAAACCUAAUUGAAACUUUAUUUAAGUGUCACUAACGGAUGCCACUUUUCUUGAGAGUAAAAGGCAUGUUUAGCACUUCUUUUAAAUCUUAAAAUGCUUUAGUUGAUUGGAAACUCGUUUAGAAACCGGAUAAUUUAUGGAAAAUAUAUAUUUUCCCAAUAAUUAAACAUAUUCUAUGUCACUAUUGACGGUAUUUAAAAAAAAUGUUUUCUUGUUUAUGUAGGAGGAUUGAAUGGUGUUAGAGCAUGGCAGCCACAAGCACUUGACUCCAUCUAUACCAGGGAAACAGUGUGCGACGGUCACCAACCUUUCAAGUUAUACACAAUAAAUAGCGCCAUGUCCUGUCUUUGGCUGUCAAACGAUCAAGUAGACUAUAGUCUUGCUAACACGAAGUGCACAAGUAAUAACAAACCCCUUACUUCCUUUUUAGUCUUAAAUUAGAAGCGGGAGAUCUCCUUACUGUCACAUUAAUUUUUUUAAAGAUAAUUCUAACUAGCCUAUUCCUUUUUAAAUAUAUCUUUGAUACGAGCUUCCAAUAUUCUCUUAAUUAUUACAACUGACGCACUAUCGCAUUUCUUUCUUCUUCCUUCACCUAUUACACAAAUGGUAUCAUAUGACACAAAAAAAUAUCAUAGAACACACAAUUGUAUCAUCGCAAACAAAAUGGUAUCAUAGUACACAAAAUGGUAUCAUAGUACACAAAAUGGUAUCAUAGUACACACAAUGGUAUCAAAGUACACACAAUUGUAUCAUAGUACACACAAUUUUAUCAAAGUACACACAAUGGUAUCAUAGUACACAAAAUGGUAUCAUAGUACACAAAAUGGUAUCAUAAUAAUGGUAUCAUAAUACACAACCCUAAGGAAGAGAUUACAACAACUUGAAGGUCGUUAAACUCUCAGCCGACCAACAUCCCAGGCCAAGUUUACGACCUUUCUCACUCAGCCUAAUUCAUCACUCUCGCUUUCACACUGUCUAUCUCAUGACCUAUACGCACACACUUGUUUAUUAUUCUAUUCCUGUCAUCCAAUGAUCAUUCAGACACACUACUAGCACUCAUGACACACUACUAGCACUCAUGACACACUACUAGCACUCAUGACACACUACUAGCACUCAUGACACACUACUAGCACUCAUGACACACUACUAGCACUCAUGACACACUACUAGCACUCAUAACACACUACUAGCACUCAUGACACACUACUAGCACUCAUGACUCAACUCAAUGGACCCAAACAGCGUUCACUCUAACAACAGUGAUUCUCAUACCUUUGACGAUGUUCAUAUUAUUACAACUGUCUCAUCUGCUAAAUCCUCUCCUUGCCCGUCCACGGGGUACGUCCAAAUUUUUUGUAAAACAGAGUAGCUCGGCCGUGGAGGCCGCAUGCUUUUUUUUUUACGACUUGCGUUUUUUCCAAAAUCAUAUACGACUGAAUAAUAUGAUUUAAAAAUGUUUUCUCUAAUCUAAAUAAUUUAUUUCCUUUCAAUUCACGGUAUCGUCAAGAAAAUCCACGUUUACUUAGCUAGCCCUUGAAUACUACAAAUGAUAUGAAAGUGGAACAAGUCCAUUUGCUCUUCUCUCUCCGUAAAGAAAUAGUUUUUUUUCCAAUAAAGAUGCACGAUAAAAAAAUUAACAUUAAACAUUUUAAAAGAAUGGAUUUGCCCCAUUUUUUUUUUACUUUAAAUGAAAUGGAAGCAAAAUUAAGUUUCUAAAUGAUUAAAUAUAAUUAUUUUAAUUAAGUUUUAGCUAGUCAUCUUAGUGUAAAAGAAUAAAGUUUCUUUCCAAUCUACACAGUUCAGUGGAUGAUUCGCUAAUUUAAAAAAAAAAAAAAUGACCUUAAAAUCUGCUUGUUCGGGUUAGGCAACAUACAAAUACCCAGCUAUAGUUUUAGACCCACAUCCUGUCACAAUGUAUUUAGCACAUCAUAGAGUUCAAAGAAUAAACUUCUGGAAUAAAACAGGCAGAAUAUACUUUACUUCCGGUCCCAAGACUUGAAGAAGCUAUGAUGAAUAGAAGAAGAUAUAAUCUUUUCCAAUUAUACAUUUUAAGUACAUGGCUUUUAAACACACGAGACAUAAUAGGACAGACUUGGACGACUUUGACAGACUUGGACCGACUUGGACACACUUGGACAGACAUGGACAGACUUUGGCAGACUUGGACAGACUUGGACAGAAUUGGACAGAUCUGGACAGACCUUGAAAGACCUGGAAGUCCUGGACAGAUUUGGACAGACUUGGACAGACUUGGACAGACCUGGACAGACCUUGAUAGACUGUACAGACUUGGAAAGAAUUGGACAGACAUGGACAGACUUGGACAGAUUUGGACUGACUUGGACAGACUUUACACUUCACACACAAUUCAAAUUACAUGGCUUAUUUCUUUAUAAUAAAAAUGUAUGCACUGACACACAAUAAACUUAAGAAUAAAGUUGAUUAUAUAAAUUAUAUUAUAUGGUAGUCCACUGAAAAAGAAAAUGUUAAUCUAGUGUACUUCCAUCUCGGGGGCUGACAUUUCGACUACUGAAAAUAUUAUGACCGAUGUUUGACGGGAGUCUCAGUUUGCCGAAGAAUGGCUGAAGUUUACCUGUCGGGGUUAAACAUAAUUAAAAAGAGAAAAAGGUUAAUUGAGAUAUUCCAACGGUUCUUUCAGCUCUGUGCCCGAGUUUUAAAAAGUGAAUCUGUAUAUAAAAUAAAACAAUGCAUUGCACUCUUUAAAAAGAAGUUUAAAAACAAUUUUUGUGUUGGCAUGCAUCUAGUCUAUUAAGAUUUUGUUAUUGAAUUUCAAACUGUUUAUAUUUCAGCUAUGCACGCACAUCUUAUUACCUUAAAAGAACGUAGCAAAGUAGAAGUUCUCAAACGGGCAGUCAGUGGAAGGAAAGGCCCAUUCUGGAUUGGACUCGAUGACAUGGACAGUGAAGGGAAUUUUAAAUGGGUCGAUGACGGCCGUGUCAUUACAACAACCAUGUACUCUGCAUUGUUCUCUAAAAGUACGUACUGCGGUAUGCAACUGUAUUUAUGUGAUAUCAUUAGGACCUACAGGAAAAUAUUAUUAUCCUUUGGGAGAAGCUAGGAAUAAAAAUAUGUUUCCAUUACACUUGUUUUAAUUAACAUGCAAUUUAGGACUUUACAAAAAGUUCGUACGUGAUAUAAAAUUUGACACUAGAAAUAAGUCAGUUAUCCUACAAUACUAUAAUAUUCCAAUUUAAGUAAUAAUGAACACUAACCAUACUAGAACAAUAUGCAUGGAGUUGAUUAUGUUAAGACAUUUGUUAUGUAGUCCUUUCAAAGAACACAUAUUUACAGAUUUUUAUGCAAAACCUUUGUUUGUUUUUUUCAAUUUGUUUUUUCAGACAAACCAGACGAUCAAGGCGGAGAAGACUGUGUGACUUAUGGUGACGAAGUCGAUUUCUUUAACGAUGAAAAAUGUGACAAAAAUGAAUAUUAUAUUUGUGAAAUAAGUCUUCUGACUUAGAAAAACGAUACUUUCAUUUUUAUAUAUUAGCUGCUCGACUCCCCUAAUUAUAAUUUCGGCGAGCGCACAAUGAAGUAAUAAGAAAAUUGUUGAAAAUAAAAAAGCAAAAAGUUCUCUAAGUUCUACGUGUUUUUUAAACAGGAUUUAUUUGGCCAGAAUGUUUUUUUUAACGUAUUAUUAAGCCG